AUGAAGGUACACAUGCACACAAAAUUUUGCAUCAUUUGUUUGCUGACAUUUAUCUUUCAUCAGUGCAAUCAUUGCCAUGGAGAUCAACAUGACCAUGGUCCUAAAGAGGAACGUGUACACUGCCAUAAUGACUAUCAGAUCUCAAAUGCAUCCUACUUCCAGAAUGGAGGAACAGAAUCUAUGCCGAGUAAAUUUUCAACGUUGGAAGCUGAAAAUCAACAAAAAUGCUAUAUUGAAAAGAUUUUUGAUCGUUAUGGUGAAAAUGGAAGAUUAUCUUUUUUUGGCCUGGAAAAACUGUUAAUAAGCCUUGGUUUAGGAGAGGUAAAAGUAGUGAUGAUAAAUCAUGAUGAUAUUGGCCAUGAUCAUGUUUCUCACUUAUAUGCUUUAGAAGUACAGGAAGGAAAGCAUUCUCACUCUCAUAACCAUCCUCAUAGCCACUCAGAUUCAGAAAACCAAACCACAGUUGGUAUGGCUGCAAAGAGAAAUCGCGACCCUGAACGAGAUGCAGUAGUGCCACCAGUAAAAGAUGACAGCAAACAUAUUCAUGACCAGAGUCGCCAUCACCAUCAUCACCACCCUCGUCUACAUCAUCAUGACCAUAAUGGUACACGUCACUCUCGUAAUGAUUCAGUUAGUCAUAGUGAACAUGGAGAACAGAACCAUGAACCUUCAACAGAGACAAACACAACUCAGGAUCAGCCAGAAAGAAAGCAACGGAAACAGAAGAAGAAGCAAAAGAAGAUCAGUGAGACUUCAGGAGAUGCUACACGGGAUUAUGCCCCAGAUCAUGAUCCAGGUGAUCAGUAUGAGCACAACCGUGUUCAUAAACAUGAUCAUGUACAUGAUGCAUCUCACUUGCAUGUACACCAUCAUGAACACAGUAGUGAUCGUUCUACUAGUCAUGGACAUCAAGAUUCCAGUUUAGGUAAUGAGGAUGGCCACCACCAUACCAUCCAGCGAGAGGGACCUCAUAAGCAGACUAGUGUAAGAAAACAUGAAAUUUUUUCAACACGUAGUCAUAAGGAUCAUAACGAAGAUGAACGUGAUCGUGAAGAGUGCUUAAAUGUUACCCAGCUGCUACGGUACUAUGGUCUGGAAACCAGCUCUCCAAUAUCUCCUGAAUUGUUUAUAUACAUGUGUCCUGCUUUGCUAUACCAGAUCGAGAGAAGGCUUUGUAUUGUACAUUAUGAUGAGCUGGAAGAUUUUAUGAAAAGUAAAAAUGCUUCAAUUGAGAAUAAAGAUAAAACAGGUGCAUCAGCCUGGUUGUGUGGUAUCAUCUCUAUCACCGUCAUUAGCCUGCUUUCCUUGCUAGGUGUGAUCUUGAUUCCCAUCAUUAACCAAUGGUGCUUCAAAUUUCUUCUAACUUUCUUGGUAGCUCUGGCUGUAGGAACAAUGAGUGGAGAUGCACUACUCCAUCUGUUGCCACAUUCACAUGGAGGCCACAACCACAGUCACCACCAUGGCCAAGGUCAUGUUCAUGAACACAAGCGGUCUCAUCGACAUGCCCACGGACAUGGAGUACGGACUGAAGGCUUUCUAGAAGAAAAUGAUCCAGUGCUGAAAGGUCUUGUGGCACUUGGAGGCAUUUACGUUUUGUUCAUCAUUGAACAUUGUAUAAGAAUGUACAAGCAUUACAAUAAACAAAAGAGUAAGCAGAAGUGGUGCAAGAAGAACCAGACUGAAGAAUCACCAAUUGGAAGGAAACUUUCCGAUCACAAAUUAAAUAAUAGACCAGAUGCUGACUGGCUUCAGCUCAAACCCCUUGCAGGAGCAGACGACUCAGUUUUAUCUGAAGACCGACUCAAUGAAACUGAACUAACAGAUUUAGAUGGCCAACUGGAGUGCCCUCCCAAAAACUUCUUGUCUGUAGAAGAGGACAACAAUAUGCACCAUUCUCACAAUGAUGUCUCACAUGCUGCUCAAGAGCACGAUCUUCAUGAUUCAGAGUAUGACAGCCAUGGCGAAGAUAAAAUGAUAGCUAGAAAACACAGUCACCACUGGCAUCACAAACAUUCCCAUCAUUCCCAUGGCCACUGUCAUUCUGGAAAAGACCUGAAAGAUACUGGGAUAGCUAAUAUUGCUUGGAUGGUAAUUAUGGGAGAUGGCAUUCACAACUUUAGUGAUGGCUUAGCAAUCGGAGCAGCUUUUAGUGCUGGACUGACAGGAGGAAUUAGUACAUCUAUAGCAGUAUUUUGUCAUGAGCUUCCCCAUGAAUUAGGUGACUUUGCUGUGCUUCUUAAAGCAGGUAUGACAGUAAAGCAAGCUAUUGUGUACAACCUCCUGUCUGCCAUGAUGGCUUACAUAGGGAUGCUGAUAGGCACAGCGGUGGGCCAGUAUGCUAAUAACAUCACCUUGUGGAUCUUUGCAAUCACUGCAGGCAUGUUCCUCUAUGUGGCGCUGGUUGACAUGCUUCCAGAAAUGCUUCAUGGAGAUGGAGAUAACGAAGAGCAUGGUUAUUGUCCCGUGGGGCAGUUUAUUCUCCAGAAUCUAGGCCUGCUUCUCGGAUUUGCCAUCAUGCUGGUCAUUGCCCUCUAUGAAGAUAAAAUUGUGCUUGACAUCCAGUUUUGA